AUGAAACUCACCCUUGGCAUCACGGCCAUAACCUCUCUCCCCACCUUCACCACAGCAGCCAAACUCAACUGCCCCCUCUCUGGCCCUGUCUUCCCCUUCCCCACCAACCUCCUCCAAUCCCCCUCCAUCGCCUCCGUCGCAGCGACUCUCGACGAAGCCUUCUUCAAAAACAUCGAUAAUGAUACCUCCACGGGAUCCGGGCACUUCUCUUACGCAGCACAGGUCUUCACGGCUAGCGACGGCGAGGACGAGCCGUUGUGGGCACGGUACUGGACGGCGCCGGAUCUGGGCCAGUUUCAGAAUGUGAGCGGCGGGGUGAGUGUGGUGGAUGGGGAUACGGUGUUUCGGAUUGGGAGUGUGACCAAGAUUUUUACGGUGUUGACGUUUUUGGCCACAGUUGGGGAUGGGAUUUGGAAUGAGCCCGUUGGGGGGUAUUUGCCGGAGGUGGAGGAGAUGAUCAAGGGAGGGAAUGGUCGGGGGGUGAUUUAUACGCCGGAUUGGGAGGCUAUUACGGUGGACGCCCUGCUUGGGGAACUCAGCCAGCAGCUCAACAUCACCCGCCUCGUCAGCAUGGGCUUCCCACCCCUGGAGAACACCUCCUAUCCUCCCUGCGGUACGUCGCCGACUUGCGACCGCGAGCAACUCUUUGCCGGUAUUGCCCAGCUCCCGCCCUCGUACGCCCCGUUCACCACACCUACGUAUUCCGACGUCGGCUUCGUGCUGCUGUCAUUCAUUGCCGAGAAAGUCACGGGCCAGUCGUUCAAGGACUUGGUGCAGGAGAACGUGUUAACGCCGCUGGGCCUGAAGCAUACGUUCUAUCAGAGUCCUGAGGACGACUCAGUCGGGGUGAUUCCGGGGACCAAGCCGAAGACGACGUGGGGUUAUGAUCUUGGGGUGGAAAUGGCCACCGGAAACAUGUACACGUCCGCAACCGAUCUAGCGGCUCUCGGCCGGGCUAUCCUACGGUCAACCCUCGUCAAACCGGCAGUCACAAAACGUUGGCUCAAGCCAACAUCGUAUAGCUCUGACCCAAAAGCGACAGUAGGCAUGCCAUGGGGAAUCCGACGCGUGGGUGUACAAAAGAACCAAACCUACUACGAAGUCCACACCUUCAACAAAAUAGGCAGCAUCGGCGCCUACAGCGCCGUCUUCGCCCUGAUCCCCGAACUGCAACUCGGCUUCUCCAUCCUGGCCGCCGGCCCCGGCGGUUCCGCCAUCGCCACAGCCAUCGCCGAGGCCCUCGCCGACACCUACAUCCCCACCAUCGACAACAUCGCGCGCGCCCAAGCCAAUGUGACCUUUGCGGGGCACUACCGGCACGCUAGUUUGUCGGACGACGACGGCAACACCGGACCCAAGUUGAACUCCUCCCUAACAGUCUCUGUCGAUCCGUACGCGCCGGGCCUGCACGUAACCUCAUGGCUGUCGAACAGCACCGACAUGGGCCUGCUAGCCGUGGCGCUGGCGGCGAAUGUCUCGGCCGCUGGGUUCCCGCAGUUAAAACCGUCGGUGCGGUUGUAUCCGACGGGACUAGAACAACCCAUAGAGGGGGAUGAUGGGACUAGCGGGGGAAAGAAGGUUGCGUUUAAGGCUGUGUUUGAGGAUAUGGGCGGGGAUGGUGUGGCGGACGGUGGGGGGGCGUUUGUGAAUGAUUGUGGAACGUGGGUGGGUGUUACGGGAGUGGUGUAUGGGAGGAUGCCGUUGGAUUUGUUUGUGUUUGAGGUUGGGGCUGAUGGGGUUGUGCAGGCGGUGGUGAAUGAGGGAUUGCGGGUGAGGUUGGUGAAGGUGGAUUAG